AGAGGAAAAUAAGAUUCAGGGUUCAAAACAAUCGUCAACAAUCAUUGUGAAAUCUCAUCCGAUAAUGCAACUCCGUGCUUUGUCUCAUUCAUCCACGUCGCACCAGCGGUUAAAUUUAUUCUACAUGAAAUUCUUUUUUAAUUUGGGUGAGAUCUUCUGUAACGGUGUGAUACAGCGCAUCUCCGAGCCAGUCAGCCUCGUCUGUAUGCCAUGCAUCUCAACACUAUAAAUUAGAGUUUUCUGGGUUGCGGAAUCGAAUCUCGCAAAGCAAAGGACAUCAGAAAGGAAAAAAAUGUCUUUAUGCAAGCAGUCGCAUGUUCUAGUCAUUCACGGGGGCCGCAUUAACAGAGGACUCCUCCACCAGCGGGAUGCCUUUGCCGGUAUAAGAUUCAGGUCCGCUCAAUUACCCUUCUCUUCUUCGUCUCUCUCCAUUCGUUGCGUCGCGAGCGAUCAGAAGUCAAAGCAAUCUUCCAAUGAACAAGAAAUUCCUCCUAUUCCUACCCUUACGGCAGUUGACUCUUCAUCUAUUGCAUCAAACAUCAAAUACCAUGCAGAGUUUACACCACAUUUCUCCCCUUUUAAAUUUGAGUUACCGCAAGCUUAUGUCGCAACUGCGGAAAGUGUACGAGACAGUCUUAUUCAAGGGUGGAAUGAGACACAGAAACACUAUGAGGGGUGUAAUCCUAAGCAGACUUAUUAUUUAUCAAUGGAGUUUUUACAGGGCAGGGCAUUGUUGAAUGCCAUUGGUAAUUUAGAGCUGACUGAUGCCUAUGCAGAGGCUUUAAGCAAGCUGGGAUCUGACUUGGAAGCUAUAGCUGAGCAGGAGCCAGAUGCAGCUCUUGGAAAUGGAGGGUUGGGGAGAUUGGCUUCAUGCUUUCUAGAUUCUUUGGCCACCCUUGAUUAUCCUGCAUGGGGUUAUGGACUUCGUUACCACUAUGGACUAUUCCAUCAGAAUAUAACAAAAGAUGGUCAGGAGGAAGCAGCUGAAAGCUGGUUGGAGAUGGGAAAUCCUUGGGAAAUCGCUAGGCAUGACGUCUCAUACCCUAUUAAAUUUUAUGGCAAAGUGGAGGAUGGCAGUAAUGGAACUAGGCGUUGGGUUGGUGGUGAGGAUGUUAAGGCUGUUGCAUAUGAUGUCCCAAUCCCAGGAUAUAAGACUAAAACAACACUCAGUCUGCGCCUAUGGUCAACUCAAGUUCAAGCAAAAGAUUUUGAUCUACAAGCUUUUAAUGCAGGUGAACACAUCAACGCAACACAGGCCCAGGUCAAUGCAGCAAAGAUUUGUUAUGUUUUGUAUCCGGGAGAUGAUUCUACGGAAGGAAAGAUUCUUCGUUUGAAGCAACAGUACACCUUGUGCUCAGCUUCUCUUCAAGACAUAAUUUCCUCUUUCAAAAGACGUUCUGGACAUAAUGUGGACUGGAGACAGUUUCCAGCAAAGGUUGCAAUUCAGAUGAAUGAUACACAUCCAACAUUAUCUGUAUUGGAGUUGAUUCGAAUUCUGAUUGAUGUAGAAGGUUUGCCUUGGGAGGAAGCCUGGAAUAUUACUCAACGAACAGUGGCAUACACAAAUCAUACAGUGCUUCCUGAAGCAUUGGAGAAGUGGCCUUUGGAGAUUAUGAGAAAACUUCUUCCAAGACACAUGGAGUUAGCAUAUAAGAUUGAUGAAUUGUUUAUUAAGGAAGUCAUUGCAAAGAGUGGCUCUACAGACCUUAAAGAACUGGAGAAGAAGAUCAUGGAAAUGAGAAUCCUUGAAAACGAAGACUUUCCAGAAUCAGUGGUGCCAGUAUUUGCUGACCUAUGGAAAGCAGAGGAAGAAGCUGCUCUCAAGGAAAAAGCUGCUAAAGAAGCUAAGCUCAAGGAAAAAGCUGCUAAAGAAGCUGCUCUCAAGGAAAAAGCUGCUAAAGAAGCUAAGCUCAAGGGAAAAGCUGCUCUCAAGGAAAAAGCUGCUAAAGAUGCUAAGCUCAAAAUAGACAAUGAAGUAAAGGAGUCUAAGAACACUUUUGAAGAUGUGGUUGUCAAACCACCUAAAUUAGUGCGCAUGGCUAAUUUAUGUGUUAUUGCUGGCCAUGCUGUUAAUGGAGUUGCUGAAAUCCACAGUGAAAUUGUGAAGGAAGAGGUCUUCAAUAACUUUUACCAGAUGUGGCCUGAGAAAUUCCAAAACAAGACCAAUGGGGUGACUCCCAGGAGAUGGAUUCGAUUUUGCAACCCAGAUUUGAGUAAACUUCUCACUAAGUGGCUUGGAACAGAAGAUUGGGUUCUUCAAACUGAACGAUUAGCAGAACUGUGUAAGUUUGCUGACAACAGAGAUUUACAUAAAGAGUGGAGGGCUGCAAAAAGAGCCAACAAAAUCAAGCUUGUCUCAUACAUUAAAGAGAAAACUGGAUAUGCAAUCAAUCCAGAUGCUAUGUUUGAUAUACAGGUUAAACGUAUCCACGAGUACAAGCGGCAGCUAUUGAAUAUUUUGGGAAUAGUAUAUCGGUACAAGAAGAUGAAGGAAAUGAGUCCAGAGGAUAGGAAAGAAAAAUUUGUCCCUCGUGUAUGCAUAUUUGGAGGCAAAGCAUUUGCAACAUAUGUGCAAGCAAAAAGGAUAGUGAAACUAAUUACUGAUGUGGGAGCUACAAUAAAUCGUGACUCUGAGAUAGGAGAUUUGCUGAAGGUUAUUUUUGUACCAGAUUACAAUGUAAGUGUUGCAGAAAUGCUAAUUCCUGCUAGUGAACUCUCCCAACACAUCAGUACUGCUGGAAUGGAAGCCAGUGGAACCAGUAACAUGAAAUUUUCUAUGAAUGGAUGUGUCUUAAUUGGGACAUUGGAUGGUGCCAAUGUUGAAAUACGUGAAGAAGUUGGAGAAGAAAACUUCUUUCUGUUUGGUGCGAAGGCUCAUGAAAUUGCUGGGUUGAGAAAAGAGAGAGCAGAGGACAAGUUCAAGCCAGAUCCAAGAUUUGAAGAGGCCAAAGAUUUCAUUAGGAGCGGGGUGUUUGGAAAAUAUGACUACGGGUCUUUGCUUGGCUCUCUUGAAGGGAAUGAGGGCUAUGGCCGUGGUGACUAUUUUCUUGUUGGCAAGGACUUUCCAGAAUAUAUUGAAUGUCAAGAAAAAGUGGAUGAAGCAUACAAGGAUCAAGAGAAAUGGACAAAGAUGUCCAUCCUUAAUACAGCUGGUUCAUACAAAUUCAGCAGUGACAGAACUAUACAUGAAUAUGCGAAGGAUAUAUGGGAGAUCAAGCCAGUCAAAAUAAGCUAGAAACUCCCUUUUUUUUCUUAAGUUUUCUUGUCCAAUAUAGUCAAUGACACCAAAGACUAGUACUUUUGUGCCAACCUAAAUGAGGCUUACGACAUGUGAAUAGUCUAGCAAUUGCUGAAGUUAUCAGAUGCUAGGUGUUUUCAAAGCAUUGCAUGGUUUUAUUGACUCCAAUGCAAUGCUGCUCCUCCAGAAUUACUGCAGGUUUAGCAAAGAAAUAAACAUGUAAUUAGACUUGUGAAUAAAGGGAGCUCUUAGAUUUAUACUAGUUAUAAAAUAAAUCUUAUUGUUAAUAUGCAAUUAUCCUGUUUUUCA